UCGGCAUUUCAUACUGUGGUGCAAUCCUUAUAGAUUCUCUGGGCUAUAUAAAAGAGAAUCCACCGAGGCAGGACACAGUCUGAUCGUAUCCAGUCAUGGCCUCUGCUACAGGAGGAAGCAAACGUUAUGACGGAGAGCGCUUGCGUCAAGAGCUGAACGAGAAAGGUUACGUUGUUGUCCCUGACCUUUUCACCCCGACAGAAAGCGACAGGUUGGCCUUGCAGUUCAAAGACUGGGUGGCCAAGUUUGACAAGGCCGAGCUUCCCCUCAAAAAGAGGAGAUCGGUGAUUCAAACCUACAGGGUCGGCCAUUUUGAGGCGAGCUGGGAAGCGCGCCUUAGAGCCAAGGCCGUUUUUCAAGCAGUAUGGGGGACUGAGAAACUGCUGUCCAGUGUUGACGGAAUAGCCAUCGCUAAACCACCUCAAAAUGAUGAUGACUACCGUGACGUAGAUUACGACUGGUUACACCUGGAUCAGGGUGUGUGCCGGGAAGGGCUUCAUUCUUACCAAGCGGCUGUGUGCCUGGAAGAGCAGACCGUGGACGACUACUGCUUCAGAGUGUUGUCAAAGUCCCACCUCUACCAUUCCGAAUUCUUCCAAACCUUCCCGAACGCCGCGAAAAAAACAAAGCGCUUUGAGUUUUACAAAAUGUUUAAAAAGCAGAAGGAGUUCUUUUAUAACAAGGGAUGCAAAAUAGAGAGUGUUCCCGUUCCCAAGGGUGGCAUCGUUUUAUGGGAUUCUCGUACCGCUCACGACAAUGCGCCUCCAAUCGCAACUAGAGCGAAUCCUCAUAGGUGGCGCUUCGUCGUCUUUGUCAGCAUGACACCUGCAAUCUGGGCAAACGAAAAAGACAUGGCAUUUAGGAAGGACGCUUAUCAGCGAAUGCUUCUCACAACACAUUGGUCAUCUCAAGGGCUGAAAACGUUCCCAGAAUACAAAGGAAAUAAACGAAAACGGAACCCCGUCAAUGUCAGCAUAGACGUCUUACCGGAAGUAGCAAGGACACAGGAGGCCAGACUGCUGGCCGGAGAUAAACGCUACGACUUUGAAGACGGCAAACCUAAUGGUCCUGCGGCACCAAAAUGGAGAUUUGGUGGUUAUGAAAAUUUUGGCACCGGCUGAUAAUGUUGACACAUCACUAGAAGUGCAUAUAUUGUAUAUGAUCUUGAUCGUGGGUGUAGAUUUAUCUUUCAGAAGCCUAUUCUUCCUCACCAAACAACAGACACCCUAUCCCAUCGACUGAUAAAUUCCAUUGCUAUUUCAUAUUUUUCAUAUACUAGGAAUGAAAACAAAAUCGAAAAACAGUAAUUUUUCACGGCACAAGUAAAUAAUUGAGCUAUAGUAUGUUACCACCAGUUUGUGUUUUAGUUAUUUCAAUCAAAAUGAAGGCUAGAUUACUUGUUCGAUGUGAGGUACUCUAAAAACCAGGGAUACAUUCAAAUAAUACUACUUAGCGUGAUUUCAAGUUCAUUUUAAUACUGUGGCAUUGACUAAGCACACGUUUAAAAGGCAGCGGGUAGAUUACAUUGUUGUUACAAACCAUUACUUGUACCAUUGCAAACUCUGUAUCUUGUUAUAAACGUGUUUCUAUAUAUUGAAUUUUCUAGUAGUAUAUACACGAGUAUUUCCUGGAAUGAUAUGUGGUGUUCGGACAAAAAAGAUGAUUGUAUUAGUAUGGAUACCCUUUUUAUUUUUGUCUGGAUUACCAAAGAUAGCAAUAAAGUUAUUUGCAAAUGGUCUUUUGCGUGUGUCUCUUUAGUUGGGGCAGGGAAGGGGGGGGGGUGUAAGGUGUGUUUAAAUGAGAAUGAAAAAGACACAGAUUCAUUUUAGCAUAUUUGAACAAGCAAAUUGAUUUCAAGUCUUUAAAAGUUUUUAAGAUUUCAAAAUUUAGGACCUCGUCAUGAGUUAGUUUUAUUUUUGCCGAAAAUCUAGAGAUAUAUUACACAACAGAUAUAGAAGAUAAAGAUUAACAGUUGUUAGAAAGUUAUUAUCUAUUGCAUUCAAAAUGUAUUGCCUCGGGCAGUAAGAAAUAAUUUAGACUUUUGACAAGAAGAUCAUUUUAAAUGCUAACGGGAUGUAAAAAACAUUUCUAUCCCGGCUUAAUUUAUUCUUGAACAAAUCAAGGUUUUGAAACCGUACCGUAUGUACUUUGAUUUAUGAAUGAUGUCAUAAACACUGAUCAGCAAUGCAAGAGAAACUGGUUACUGUAAACUGGGUUUUUUUUAUUUUGCCCCAUGUUAUUUUCACAUUUGAAAACAGUUUCGCUUCGUCUUGAAUUCGCCCAGACACAGUUGUGCUUAUUUCAGAGAGACAAUUUGAGACAUUAGAAUUUGCCAAAUCUGACAUUCGUCCGCUGACAACAAGGACGAAUGGGGCAAAAAUAAAACGGCGGUGAACAUUUCCCUGUGAGCAGUACCACUACGGUACAGCACCAAUUCUUUGAGGCUAUUUAAACGAUAUCAGAUUUCUUGGGGGAAAAUCAGUAUAUAUACAUCAUUACGUGAUAAAAUGAAAAACAAUAUUAAAAAAAAUCAGUGAAUAUUUCAGCUAGUAGUAACGUUGCUUCAACUGAACCAGCAUGUUGACCAUUUGGAGAAAUUUAACAUCUGUUUCG